GGUUAGUUUCCAAUUAACAUUCGCCGAAUCAAGUUGUAAAACAGUCAAAAACUCUUGAUUGAUUAAUUGAUUCAUUAACAGAAUUCUUCCAGAAGUGCCUUUUAUACGUCACACCCGAAAAAAAAACUUUUUUGAUACAUUCCAAAAUCCAAUAAGAUAAAAAAUACGAAAAAACAUGGCAAAAAAUUUGUUGGUGAUCGGUAGCGGUGGUCGCGAACACGCAAUUUGCUGGAAAUUAUCCCAAAGUCCGAAAGUUAAGAGAGUUUUUGCGUUGCCCGGAAGCCCUGGAAUCGCUCAGGAGGCAAAAACUACGUGUGUCACCGACGUCAAAGUCGACGAUUUCAAGGGGAUCGUUCAAUGGUGCAAAAAUAACGACAUUUAUAUGGUAGUUGUGGGUCCCGAAGACCCGCUCGCAAAUGGCUUGGCUGAUGUUCUCUUGGCGGCCAACAUUUUGUGCUUUGGCCCGUGCAAAGCCGGUGCCACAAUCGAAGCCAGCAAGGAUUGGGCGAAACAAUUUAUGGUAAAGCAUGGUGUCCCAACGGCGCGUUACGAAAGUUUCACGGAUGCCAAAAAGGCGAAAGAUUUCAUCAAGAAUGCCACUUUUGAUGCACUUGUGGUGAAAGCGAGCGGUUUAGCAGCGGGUAAAGGAGUCAUCGUUGCCAAUACGCGAGAUGAGGCUUGCGAGGCUGUUGACGAGAUUUUGGGCACGAACAAGUUCGGAAAUGCCGGAAAUAUUGUCGUUGUGGAGGAAAAAUUGAGCGGGGAGGAAAUCUCAGUGUUAGCAUUCGCCGAUGAAAAUACGGUUAAAGUGAUGUUGCCGGCACAAGAUCACAAACGCAUCGGAAAUAAUGACACUGGCGGCAACACUGGCGGAAUGGGAGCUUAUUGCCCUUGUCCAUUGAUCUCCGAAGAUGCACUCAACUUUGUUGUCAACGAAGUUCUCUUAAAUACCGUCAAAGGUUUCCGCAAAGAGGGAAUCAAGUACAACGGAGUCUUGUAUGCCGGUAUCAUGUUGACGCCAGAUGGCCCGAAAACGCUCGAAUUCAAUUGUCGCUUUGGUGAUCCCGAAACUCAAGUAAUUCUCCCACUUCUCAAGUCGGAUUUAUUUGAGGUGUGCGAGGCCACGUGCCUGAAUAAGCUCGAUAACGUCAAAUUGGAAUUCAAAACGGGCACAUAUGCAGCGGGAGUUGUUCUCGCAAGUAAGGGAUACCCAGAAUCAUCGACCAAGGGAUGUGUCAUCGAAGGUUUGGCAAAAUGUCAACCAACGGCGGACCAUUUGGUGUUCCAUUCUGGCGUCGCAAAGAACGCUGAAGGAAAAUUCGUGACAAAUGGCGGACGUGUGUUGAUUAACGUUGCAUUAAGGUCGACACUGGAAGAGGCAGCGAAAGUUGCUACCGACGGAUGUAAAGAACUUUUGUUCGAAGGAGCUCAAUAUCGUACGGAUAUCGCUAAAAAAGGAAUUCAAAAGCUUCCAAUUUCUUAUAAGUCAAGUGGCGUGGAUAUCGAUGCCGGCAACGAAUUUGUGACCAAGAUCAAACCUUUGAUUUACGGAACUCGUCGUGAAGGUCUUGUGGGUGAUAUUGGCGGGUUUGCUGGAUUAUUUGAAUUAAAUAAGCUGCAAUAUAAGGACUCAAAAGGAAAUUUGACCAAAUAUAAGGAUCCAGUUUUAGUCCAAGGCGUUGACGGAGUGGGAACAAAAAUAAAACUAGCGGAAAAAUUAGGAGUUUGGGACACAAUAGGCAUUGAUUUGGUCGCCAUGUGUGCUAAUGACGUCAUUUGUGCAGGAGCUGAACCAUUUGCAUUUUUGGACUAUAUUGCGUGUGGAAACUUAAAUACGGUGAUUGCCACUUCCAUUGUAAAAGGCAUUGCUGAAGGAUGUCGCGAAGUAAAUGCUGUUCUCAUAGGUGGUGAAACUGCUGAAAUGCCAUCAAUUUAUGAGCCUGGCAAAUACGAUUUAGCUGGAUAUUGCGUCGGAAUUGUCGAACACGACAACAUGUUGCCAAAAGUUUCGGAUAUUAAAGAAGGUGACUUCUUAAUUGGACUUCCAUCGAACGGGUUACACAGCAAUGGCUUCAGUUUGAUCAACAAAAUCAUUGAAUUACAAAAGUUGAAUUUGAACGAGGUAGCUGUCUUUAGUGCUGAAGGACUUACAUACGGUCAAGAGUUCUUGAAACCAACGCGAUUGUAUGUCAAAGAUGUCUUGAGCUUGUUGCGCAAGAACGCAGUUAAAGCAACAGCUCACAUCACAGGCGGUGGAUUGCCUUUGAACCUCAAUCGAGUGCUUCCCAAAGAGCUUUGUGGUGAAAUUGACGCCGAAAAGUUUGAAAUUCCCCCACUUUUUGGAUGGAUCUCGUCCGUUGCCAAUGUUCCGAAUAGCGAUUUGUUGCGAACCUUCAAUUGUGGCGUCGGAAUGGUUUUGGUGGUUGAUAAAAAUAACACAGAGUGGAAGAGUUUGAAUGGAGCACGGCACAUUGGAGUUGUCCGGAAACGAAAAACUGACGAAGAUCAAGUUGUUGUGAACAAUUUCGAUCGUUGUUUGGACAAAAUUUGCGAAAAACUCUCGUUGAAGAAGAACGAAAAGCAAGCAAGUGUCACUUAUCAAAGCAGUGGUGUCGAUAUCGAGGCAGGAGACGAGGCAGUGCAAAAUAUCAAGGAUUACGCACGAAGUACCGUGAUUGAAGGAGUUUUAGGUGACUUGGGUGGCUUCGGAGGAUGCUUCAGAUUGAAAAAUGUCAUCAGUGGCAUGAAAGAUCCGUUACUCGCGUUAGCUACAGAUGGCUGUGGCACAAAACUGAAAAUCGCUCAAGAGCUAAAUAAACACGAUACUGUUGGAAUUGACUUGGUAGCGAUGUGUGUGAAUGAUUUAUUGUGUUGUGGCGCACAACCGCUGACAUUUUUGGACUAUUACGCGUGUGGAAAGUUGAAAGUAGACACGAUGGUUAGUGUUGUAAAGGGAGUUUGUGACGGAUGUAUCAGCAGUAACAGCGUCUUGUUGGGAGGCGAAACUGCUGAAAUGCCCGGCGUUUAUGGCGGACAAAUAUACGAUUUAGCUGGAUUUGCUUUGGGAGUCGUUGAUCGGCCCGAAAUUUUACCAAAAAUAAAUGAAAUUAAGGAAGGAGAUGUUCUUAUUGGACUUCCCUCGAGUGGUCCACACAGCAACGGAUUCAGUUUAAUACACAAAUUAUUGCAAACACAUGACAUUAAACUAAGCGACACAUGUCUCUUCGAUGCUGCGGUAUCAAAAAUCGGAGAAAAACUCCUCACACCAACGAAAAUUUACGUAAAAUCCUUGCUGCCGUUGAUCCAAUCGCAAGAAGUCAAAGCAUUAGCUCACAUCACAGGCGGAGGUCUUCCCGAAAACGUCAUCCGAGUCCUUCCAAGACAUCUUGGCGUGAAAAUUAGUGCCAAAUCCUUCGACAUUCCCGAAAUAUUUGCAUGGAUCGCUGCAAAAGGGAAUGUUAAUGAAACAGAAAUGCUUCGUACCUUCAAUUGUGGCAUCGGAAUGGUCAUGGUUGUGUCGCCUGAGCAUGCGGAACAUGUUUUAGCAAAGUUAUCAGACGCCAAAAAGAUCGGAAAUGUCGUUUCUCGCAAUAUGUCAGUGCCACAAGUGCUUGUCGAGGAUCUGGAUGUCUUCAAAAAGGCCUAUCGGACGAAGAAGCGUGUGGGAGUUUUGAUUUCUGGCAAUGGCAGCAAUCUUCAAGCGUUGGUGGAUAACUCACGGAAACCCGAAUUCGGCAUGAACGCAGAAGUAGUCCUUGUUAUCUCAAAUAAACCGGAUGCUUAUGGCCUGGAACGUGCAAAACUCGCGGGAAUUCCGAGCGUUGUGAUAAAACACAAGGAUUUCGCGACACGUGAAAGUUUUGAUGAAGCAUUGACCCUCGCAUUACAAAAGCACGAAGUGGAUCUCGUUUGUCUGGCUGGUUUCAUGCGCAUCUUGAGUCCUUCUUUCAUUCAAACGUGGAAGGGAAAGCUGAUCAAUAUUCAUCCAUCGUUGUUGCCCAAAUUUCCCGGAUUGAAUGUUCAACGUCAGGCACUCGAAGCAGGUGAAAAAGAGUCCGGUUGCACGAUCCACUUUGUGGACGAAGGCGUUGAUACAGGAGCCAUUAUCCUGCAAGAAGCAGUCCCCAUUCACGCAAAUGACACUGUCGACACUCUAACUCAAAGAAUUCACACCGCUGAACACGUCGCGUACCCCAGAGCGUUGAAACUGAUCGCCAAUGGCGUCGUCGGAAGUAAAUAAAAAAUGUUUUGGAAUUUAAAUUGACAAAUUUAUUUCUUAUUUCAUAAUAAUAAGUACAUUUUUGUUCAUAUCUUCUGGGUUUCAUGCAUAAAAUUAUUACUUUCUUUCAUAUAUGUUGUUAAAUUGUUAUUAAAAAUUUAUAUUUACUGAAAUAAUAAAAAGUAAAAUAAAAUCAAAUAUAAGGAAACGAA